CGCCCCCAUUCUCACUGCCAAGAUGAUAUGCAGAGGAACCUCGGCCACCAAGCCGGCCACCGCGGAGAUCCAAGAGAUCGCGGACAAGGUAAAGGCCCAGCUGGAAGAGAAAGAAAACAAAACAUUUCAGGAGUUUAAGGCACUGGAGUACAAGUCUCAAGUGGUCGGUGGGACAAACUACUUCAUCAAGGUCCACGUGGGCGAUGACAACUUCAUGCACCUGACAGUAUUUCGGAGUCUCCCUCACGAGAACAGGCCUGUGACCUUGUCUGACUACCAGACCAAUAAGGCCAAGCAUGACGAGCUGACAUACUUUUAA